AUGAUUCAAUGCCAGGAAGCAAUACAGCUCCAAAGGCAGGAACAGCAGCUGGCUGAGGAUCACCAGGAAAGAGAAAUUGAAAGUCAGGAGGCAAUUAGACUACAGGUACAGCAGCAUUCUCAGCAUGCUGAUCUGCAUUAUGAAGAGCUACAAGCUCAGCAACUCAUUAGAAUCCAAAGAGCUGCUCAAGAAGAGCUUGAAAGGAGGGAAGAUGAGCUAGCAGACCAGGCUCACAGGGCUGCCAGGGAUGCUGUAGACCAAGGUGCGGACUUAAAUGAACCGGUAGCUGCCAGAAAUGCACCAAGGAUGCCAAAGCCUCAACAACUUGCAAACGAACGAAAUAUUGCCAACCGCCGCCAAGCACAGAUGAUACGCCAGGAUGCCCGACAACCAUAUGUAGAGCCUCUAUACCGUCAUACUUUAUGCAACAUGGAAGUAGAGUGCCGUAAUUGUGGAGCAUUACACUGGGAUACCGAGAGACUCACAAGUUCCUCUGGGAUCCAUCCAAAAUUUGGUGUGUGCUGCCUUCAAGGUCAAGUUAGGCUGGAUUCUUUCCAGGAAGCACCUGCUGCGCUACACCGUCUGUUCCGUGGGGUUAACAUUACUGCACGUGAAUUCUGCGACAAAGUUCACUCAUACAGCAAUGCCUUUGCAUUUACAUCUUUGGGUGUCAAGAUAGACCAUGCUGUCACAAGUGCUGCAGGACCUUAUAGUUUCCGUAUCCAUGGAGGCCUUCAUCAUAGCAUCAGCGCAUUCCAUCCACCUGAAGACCGCCUUUUUUUACGUAAUGAGAAUAACCGGGGGCAUGGCACUACACCAGCAACCAUGCUGGAGAUCCAGGAUACCCUGGAGCAAUUCAAUCCAUUCAUCCCUUUGUACAAGCAAGCUUAUCAGAUCAUCAUGGAAAAGCCUGAAGCAGAACGUGCCAACAUAACAGCCCAUAUAGCUCUUGAUCAAACUCUGGACCAAUAUCAUUAUAAUCUUCCUACUGCAGAUGAAGUUGCUGCUGUUAUCCCUGGAGAUGGAGAACAAGAUGUUGAUGAGCACUGUGAUAUUGUUUUGCGGCUGAAGCAAUUUGAUCAUGGUGGUGGUCUCAAGCAUAUCAGCCAUUUGCACCCCCUUUAUUCACCUCUGCAUUAUGUUCUCCUAUUUCCCUUUGGAGAACAAGGGUGGCAUAGGACAAUAUGGUCCAUUCAAAAUGCUGAUGGAAAUAUACGCAGUGAAUAUGUCUCCCAGCAGUGUUAUUAUGCAUACCGUCUCCAUCCCUGA